AUGAGUGCUACUCAGAGUCAAACAACGCUGGAGUCCCAACUGGAGGCCCUGCAGUGCCACUUCACCUGGGAUUUGGAGACCAGCGAGUCCCUACUUUUACGUCGCAGGGAAAACCUGGAGGACAUCGGCACCGAGGAGGGGAACAGCUGGCUGGGUCACAUUUACAACCUGCGGGGGUUCGUUCAGUACAAGCUGGGGUUCACCGAAGACGCCCAGAGUUUCUUCAACAAGGCUGCAGAGGCCUUCAGCAAGAUAAGAAACGCAGAUGAGGGUCCCUGGUUGGUGGUGAACUACGGGAACCUGGCGUGGCUGCACCACCACCUGGGAGACCAAGCAGAGAGUCAGGCUUACCUGUCAAAGGUCAACACCCUGAUGAAUAAAUACCCAUCUCCAUCCCAGGAUGAGCUCCAUCCAGAGAUCUACGCUGAGAAAGCCUGGACCCUGAUGACUUUCAGCAGAGAACAAAAGAAAGAGGCUGCAGAUUACUUCCAGAGAGCCAUCAGGAAGCAGCCGGACAUGGUGGAGUGGAACACCAGCUACGUCUUAGAGUUAAUGUAUGAUUUUAGGCAAAACAACGAGGGGCUGGAGGCUGACAUUUUGGAGAAAAUGAGAAUUGCCAAGGAACAGGAUCCAGAGAACUUGUACCUCGCUGUUCUCUACCUCCAGCAAUAUGCAAAGAAAGGAGAGAGAAUUGAAGAAGAAGCACGUGAGUUGGCAGGAAAGGUUUUGAGAAAUCCUGUCAGCAGCUACAGUGGUAUUAGACCAUUAUUAGGGGUUUACAUAAACCAUGUAUCUAUUGAUGAGGCCAUUGAUUUGGCAGAGGAGGCUCUGGAAAAACAUCCAGAUGAGCGUUAUCUGAAGAAAUGUCUCGCACACUGCUACAAAUGGAAGAUCUUCAGGGAAAGCCCAGAGCAAAGCAUGAUAGACAGAGCAAUCAGUCUCCAUGAGGAGGUGAUUUCUCUUUACCCUGAUUCUUCAUUUGUGAAGAAAAUAACCCUCGCAAAGAUAUACGCAAAGGUAAACAGCCAGGAUAAAGCUGAUCAGAUAUACCAGGAACUGCUUGAAAGAGAUCUGGAACCUGCAGACAAACAGAUGCUCUACAGCACCUAUGCAAAACAUUUAUUCUUUAAUCGUCAAGACAGAGAAGGGUCACUACGAUAUCACGUGAAGGUGGCGAAGAUACCGCUAAAAUCUAUCCAUCGGGAGAACAGCAUCACAACCCUGAAGAAGCACAAAAUCCAAAGCCCAAUGUGUAGAGAAAUAGAGGAGUUUCUGGCAAACUUGCAAGAGCCAUAG